AUGGCGUUUGCUCGAAUUUCCGCUUCACGGCAAUUCGUACUCUACGCAAUGCUUGGCCACACAUCUACCUGGCGAGAAGCAGAUCCUCUUCGAGGUGAUCGGGCGACUCGCGAAUGUGGCCCCCAACAGAAGGUGAGCGAUUCUACCUUUUCUUGCUUCUGCUCGCGCAGCCGGGAGCUUGCGGAUUCGAAAAUUUUGCGAACCGUGGAGGGCGAGCUCUUGCCUACCUUUCAAGCUGUAGCGACAGCGCGUGGACUGUGCGACUCGGACGAACACUAUCAUGUUGCGUUGCGCGACGUGCUGGCUGUGGCCACGGCCGCACGAGCGAGACGCUUCCUAGCGAUGAUUCUGAUUUGUUGCGAGGUAGCCGACCCCUUCUGCUUGUGGGAUACAUUUGCGCCCGAACUCCGGGAAGACUUCCGUAUCCGGUACCCCGACGUUGCCGCUCGCAUGGCGGCGUGCAUGCAUGAUUAUCCCGAGCAAUUGCACGCGUAUCUGGAGCUAGUGCGUGCCUUCGACAAUCGCGAGGCUGCUAUUUUCUUCGUGGAUGGUCCUGGUGGCUCCAAUAAAUCGUUCCUGUUCGAAGCUUUCUUGCAUUACGCUCGGGGUCGGGAUGAGAUUGCCGCAGCUUGUGCUUGGUCCGGCUUGGCCGCCACAUUGCUUCCAGGCGGUCGUACGUGUCACGCCCGUUUUGGCUUCCUUGUCCCGCUGCCGCGAGAAGAUGUGCCUUGGUCGGUUACAGCGACCACGGGCUUUGCGUUUCAGCCGCCUUUGACGUCAGAGACACUCCAAUCGAGCGCGCUCAUAAAUUGGCCUGGACUACCUCCAAACGCCCAGUGA